UGGUUGUAGUAGUAGUGGUAUGGAUGGUAAUGGUAAUGAUAACAGUUUAGUGAUGGUGGUGGUGGUAAUGAUGAUGGUGGUGGUGGUAAUGAUGAUGGUGGUUGUAGUAGUAGUGGUAUGGAUGGUAAUGGUAAUGAUAACAGUUUAGUGAUGGUGGUAGUAGUAAUGAUGAUGGUGGUGGUGGUAAUUAUGAUGGUAGUUGUAGUAGUAGUGGUAUGGAUGGUAAUGGUAAUGAUAACAGUUUAGUGAUGGUGGUGGUGGUGGUAAUGAUGAUGGUGGUGAUGGUAAUUAUGAUGGUAGUUGUAGUAGUAGUGGUAUGGAUGGUAAUGGUAAUGAUAACAGUUUAGUGGUGGUGGUGGUGGUAAUGAUGAUGGUGGUGGUGGUAAUGAUGAUGGUGGUGGUGGUAAUGAUGAUGGUAGUUGUAGUAGUAGUGGUAUGGAUGGUAAUGAUGAUGGUAGUGGUGGUAAUGAUGAUGGUGGUGGUAGUAGUAGUGGUAUGGAUGGUAAUGGUAAUGAUAACAGUUUAGUGAUGGUGGUGGUAGUAAUGAUGAAGGUGGUGGUAGUACUGAUAUAAAGGAGAAGAUGACCGUUAUUUAGUUUUAAGUUAGUUAUAGUUUCAUUUAGUAAUGAUGAUGGUGGUUGUAGUACUGAUAUAAAGGAGAAGAUGACCGUUAUUUAGUUAUAAGUCAGUUAUAGUUUCAUUUUUCCAUGUUUAGAUUAUUAUAUUUAUAACAUUUCUACUAUUGACUGUUACCAUUUUAUUUUUUGUUAUUUAAUUGUUGUAUUAUUAUGUACUACCAUGUUAUAUUGUUAUUUGUUUAUUGUUUAUAAUUGUAUUACAAUGUUAUAUUUGUUGUUGCUUUGGCAACAUUGAAACAAUGUCUUUUCACGCCAAUAAAGCAGCUAGAAUUUGAAAGUCAAUCCUAAAUUCUAUAAUUGGUUUUCUACGGGCCUCCGGCAGUUCUGUCGCGAUGUCACAAUGUCCCCGUCAUAAACCAGGAGUCAUCGGGUUCUAAAACAACGGUGUUCGGGGCUCAAGGCUGUCUGUCACCACGAGCGGCCGGACAGCAGGUCGCACCCGUGUUCGCUCAGGAUCUCCUGCACCGAUGGAAGUCUACGGAUCCUUGCGACCUUGUUCCUCUGGAUUCUUACCGAGCCUGACCACCAUGAGAGACAGCUACAAGGGCUUCAGUGCCACGCAGCUUCAGCCACAGCAAGUCAGCUUCGACCUAACGGGAAGCGGGAAGUCCAAACCCAGGCUUGUCUCUGUUCAGCGGAAAUACACGGAGCCGUACGAGACCCAUUGGGGAGGGGAACAGCUCAUUAGGAUGCCGCCUCUCAAACCGAACCCGGUGGCCAUGUGUCAGAUCACCCGGGAAGAUUGGCUGCGCGCCAACAACGUAAACUUCCGGCGCUUGGAGAGCAGCAGGCGGCAUGCGGAAAGCUUCUGGCGCGAGACCUCCCGAUUGAUCCAGAGUAAAGAGCAGCUUACGCGACGAACGCAGUCUGACAGCUCCCGGUGGAUCGGUGAACGGAUAACGGAAAUCUCGUUCUGGCGGAGCGAGCUGGGGUUCGAGCUCGAGCAGCUUCUCCGGGACACGGAGAGGCUACGUCAGGUCAAGUUUCGGUUGGACAGGGCCUUAAAGGAGACCGACGGACCACUGCAGAUGUCCCAGGAGUGCCAGUUCCAGUGUCAGAACCUCAACGACGGAGUCAUCGAUGUAGUGGAGAAAGAACUGGUGCAGGAGGUAACAGUGAUCAGGUCUUCUCAGGAACAGUUGGAGAGGACAAGAGACAGAGUCCAGAAACAGCUGGAGUCCAACAGGAGAGUGCAACACCAGUUGGAAAAAGACAUGAAUGAUAAACACAGAGCUCUCCAGAUCGACAGCCACUGUCACACACUGACCAACAGUUCUCCUGCUACCAGCUAUUACCCUGAUCUCAGCCUGGUAGAUACCAGUGUCUCAGUGCCGGUGUCUUGGGUUCAGUAUUCGGAGGACAACAUCGGGAAUUCGGCGUCGGAGAGGCGAGCCACGCGGGAGCUAACGGAGCUGGUGGAGGGAACCCUGGUUGCCGCGGCGAGAGACAUGUGGUCUCAGUACAACCGUGUCAACGCCGCCUUCACACUCCGUGUCAACCAGACCACACACGCUAGGAACACGCUACAGCAGCACCUGGCCAAGACCCUGCAGGAGAUGCAUCAGACGGAGCGUACCAUCUCAGAUUUGGAGGGGUCCAUCUGGGCGAUGAGAGCCCCCCUCAGAGUGGCUCAGUCUAGGCUGGAGGAACGCACCUAUAGACCAAACAUAGAGCUCUGCAGGGACCAACCACACACCAGGUUGCUGUCUGAGGUGUCUGCUCUCCAGGACACUGUUUUAUCUCUGAGACAGAGGUUGUCUGAAGCCCAGGCCACCCUGCAGCAGCUGGCUGGCUGUAAGAGUGUUUUAGAACAGGAGCUUUACACUAAGGCCCACUCCCUGUUUAUCGACCAGGAGAGAUGUCUAGGACUCCGCAAGACAUACCCCUCCACCCCUAGACUGGUGGGAUACACAUAGACAAGACAUACCCCUCCACCCCUAGACUGGUAGGAUACACAUAGACAAGACAUACCCCUCCACCCCUAGACUGGUAGGAUACACAUAGACAAGACAUACCCCUCCACCCUUAGACUGGUAGGAUACACAUAGACAAGACAUACCCCUCCACCCUUAGACUGGUAGGAUACACAUAGACAAGACAUACCCCUCCACCCCUAGACUGGUAGGAUACACAUAGACAAGACAUACCCCUCCACCCCUAGACUGGUAGGAUACACAUAGACAAGACAUACCCCUCCACCCCUAGACUGGUGGGAUACACAUAGACAAGACAUAAACAGACACAGAGACAGAUUGAAGGUCCUUUCUCUUUCUUCUGUGGUUCUGUUGAAUAAAGGUGUUUAAGUCA